GCGGACCGCGCGCGCUCGAGUAGUGCGUCGCCCGUGAAAAAGUCGGACGUCGUCGUCGUUCUCCGUCUCGGUCGGCACCGAACGGACGAUUCAAAAGGGUGUGCGUGCGCGCGCGAUCGGAUAAAUCGGAACGAGGACGAGCGAAGGAGCGAAAGGACGUGCGAAGAAGAGGAGUCUCGCGUAAAACUGCGGAGGCAAAAUCGGAAGACAUAUAAUUGAAGAGGAAGGCUCGUGCACAUCUAUCUACACCCCGUCCUUAAUUACAUCGUUUUCUUCCUCCUCGUCCUCAUCGAUAUCGUCGUCGUCGUCGUCGUCUAGAUGGUCGCGGAAAUGGCAGUCGGCGCGCAGAUCGACACGUCCGAGAGGGACACCGGCAAUUCAACGAUCCCGUUGCUGAAUGGCGAGCAGGAUCACGAGGCUGCGAAAACGACCGAGGUGAAGCAGGAAACAGAGGAGAGUGGAAGCACGAGUUCUGCUCCGGAGAAUGUUGUGGAAAAGGGAGAAGUCGAGGCGACGAAGGAAAGCGAGAAGGAGAAGGACAAUAAGGACAAUGACGGGAACGAGAAGGAAGCAGAUGUUGCUGAUAAGGAGAAGGAUCCCUCGAAUGAGCAGGAGGUCGUCUUCAUUCAGGAUAUGGGCUUCACCGUCAAGAUCGUCAGCCCGGGUUCUGAUCCUUUCGACAUACAGGUCUCCAGCAUGGAGCUUGUGCAGGAAAUCCAUCAGCUACUCAUGGACCGUGAAGACACGUGCCACCGCACAUGCUUUUCACUGCAGCUGGAUGGCAACACAUUGGAUAACUUCGCCGAGCUGAAGAAUAUUGAGGGCCUGAAGGACGGUUCGAUCAUCAAGGUAGUGGAAGAGCCGUAUACGAUGCGGGAGGCGCGCAUACACGUGCGACAUGUGCGCGAUCUUCUCAAGUCUGUGGAUCCCGCAGACGCUUACAAUGGCGUCGAGUGCAGCAGUCUAUCGUUUCUCAAUGCUGUUACGAACGGCGAUAUUACAGAGAAGAAGAAGAAUCGAGCAGAUUCAGUCGAUUGUACGCCGCCCGAUUACAUCAUACCCGGUUGUAAGGACAGGCCCUUGUUUCCUCUCCAGCCGCAGAUGAAGGAGCAAAAGUGUCCGCCGUGUCUAAAAGUCCUAACGACGUCAGGAUGGAAUCCACCGCCUGGCCACAGAAAGCUUCACGGUGAUCUGAUAUAUCUGCACGUGGUCACAUUGGAGGACAAGCAGUAUUAUUUAACCGCAUGCGCCAGAGGUUUCUUCGUUAAUCAGUCGACCAAAGAAGUGUUCAAUCCUAAACCAGCUACACCUAGUCACUUAUGCCACAGUUUGAUUGAGCUCUUAAAUCAACUUAGUCCGGCCUUUAAACGAGGAUUUGCCGCAAUGCAACGACGCAGGACUCUAAGGCAUCCUUUCGAGCGAGUGGCAACGCCUUAUCAACUAUAUGCCUGGAGUGCACCGACAAUCGAGCACACCAUCGACGCCAUUCGCGCGGAAGACACUUUCUCCUCCAAAUUGGGAUACGAAGAACACAUCCCAGGACAAACUCGCGAUUGGAACGAAGAAUUGCAAACUACGAGGGAAUUACCACGUAAAAAUCUUCCUGAGAGAUUGCUACGGGAACGUGCUAUUUUCAAGGUUCACAGCGAUUUUGUGGCCGCCGCGACUCGUGGAGCGAUGGCAGUGAUUGAUGGCAAUGUAAUGGCGAUCAAUCCCGGCGAGGAAGCCAAAAUGCAGAUGUUUAUCUGGAAUAACAUUUUCUUUUCGCUUGGUUUCGACGUACGCGAUCAUUACAAAGAGUUGGGUGGUGACGCUGCAGCUUUUGUCGCGCCUCGCAACGAUCUACAAGGUGUUCGGGUAUAUGCAGCCGUGGACUUGCCCGGUCUUUAUACUCUCGGCACGGUUGUUAUCGAUUACAGAGGCUAUCGCGUUACUGCGCAAUCUAUCAUACCGGGUAUACUAGAACGUGAACAGGAACAAUCAGUGGUCUAUGGGUCUAUCGACUUUGGAAAGACAGUUCUCACGCAUCCCAAGUACCUUGAAUUGCUGAAUAAAGCUGGUCAACAGCUAAAGAUUCUUCCUCAUAAAGUGAUCAACGAUGCUGGCGAAGAGAUCGAACUUUGCAGCAGUGUUGAGUGCAAGGGUAUCAUUGGUAAUGAUUCACGACAUUAUGUGCUGGACCUAUUAAGGACUUUCCCGCCCGACGUGAAUUUUUUGAAAUUGGAAGGUGUGGAGCUAAGCAAGGAAGCGCGAGCCUUAGGUUUUCCGGUGGAACAUAAACAUAGACUAGCCUGUCUGCGUCAGGAGCUCAUAGAUUCGUUUGUUGAGGCAAGAUAUGUUCAAUUCAUUAAGCACGCGGCCGUUCAUCUUCAGCAGCUCACAUCAGCUAGAAGAUCUCAAAAGGAAAAAGAAACAACUACCAAAGAGGAUAAAAAAGAGGAUUCAAUGGCCAUUGCGACUGUGGAUAGUAACAAAGAGGAUUGCACCCAAUCGCUGAUAGAGGCUGACGAAGCUAAAAAGAUCGUCGAGAGCAUCACUGAUUCGAUUACAGGCGGCGAGAAACAAGAACUAGAAGAGAGUACCAAGGAGAUAGUGCGAAGAGCUGCAGCGGCGGUGGGCAGUCUGCGAGAUGCCGAAUUCGAUGUGAGAUUCAAUCCAGAUGUGUUCUCUCCUGGCGUUAAACAUCCGGACUUUAAUGGCGUCGAUCUAAAAAAACAGAAGCAAUUAGUAAAGGACGCCGCGGAUUUCUUACUUACAGUGCAGCUACCUACGUUCAUACGAGAGUGCUUGGACCACACAGCAGCUGCGAUGGAUGGUAGUACGUUGGUGGAGGCUCUCCACGGUAGAGGCAUUAACGUUCGUUAUCUCGGUAAAUUAGCGGCCAUGUUAGCAGCAGUGCCGCAACUACAAUAUCUUAAUCGUAUCGCUGUAUCCGAACUGAUUCUUCGAUCGGCCAAACACAUUUUCACCUCUUACAUGCAGGUGUGUGUGUAUGUGCGUGGUACGGAACUGAUGGGUCUGUCUGCAGCUGUCAGCCACUUUUUGAAUUGUUUCCUGUCUUCGGCGCAAAUAAUACACCCGCAACAAAAUCUAGAAGAACUUCAAAGCAAAACUGCGAAACGCCGCAACAAACGCAAAGGUAGAAAUAAUGGGCCGCAACAAUCAGAAGUAGAGUGGGCAUCGUUAACGCCUAAAUCAUUGUGGCAACAAAUUAAAGGUGAUUUGAAGGCCUAUUAUGACUGGGAAACACCGAGCCCGGAGUCUCUGGACGUCACGAUAGAGCACUUCCAUUUGCAAAAGAUUUCGCUGCUGCGUAGCUUUUGCAUCAAGACUGGUAUUCAAAUACUGCUGCGCGAGUACAGCUUCGAGAACAAGAACCGAUCGACAUUUUUCGAGGAUGACAUACUGAACAUUUUUCCUGUCGUCAAGCAUAUCAAUCCUAGAGCUAGUGAUGCGUAUAAUUUUUACACAACCGGUCAAAGCAAAAUUCAGCAAGGAUACUUAAAGGAUGGAUAUGAGUUAAUUAGCGAAGCACUGAAUCUACUGAAUAAUGUUUAUGGUGCGAUGCAUCCUGAAAUUGCACAGUGCCUCAGAAUGUUAGCGAGACUGAAUUAUAUAAUGGGCGAUCAUGCAGAGGCACUCGCUACUCAACAAAAGGCAGUUCUUAUGUCAGAGAGGGUCAACGGCAUUGAUCAUCCGUACACCAUCACAGAAUACAUACAUCUCGCCUUAUACUCCUUUGCCAAUGGCCAAGUAUCUGUGUCAUUAAGAUUACUGUAUAGAGCACGUUAUUUGGCAUUACUAGUCUGCGGCGAGGAUCAUCCGGAAGUGGCCUUGCUCGAUAGCAACAUCUCGUUGAUCUUACACGCGGUCGGUGAAUAUGAAUUGUCACUGCGCUUCCUGGAACACGCGUUAGCUCUCAAUUUACGUUAUCACGGUUCGCGUUCGCUCAAAGUUGCGGUGUCUUAUCAUUUGGUGGCACGCACGCAGUCAUGUAUGGGUGAUUUCCGGGCGGCACUGAACAACGAGAAGGAGACGUAUGCGAUCUACAAGCAACAACUAGGCGAGGAACAUGAGAAGACGAAAGAAAGCAGCGAUUGUCUACGUCACCUGACUCAGCAGGCGGUUGUAUUGCAAAAGAAGAUGAAUGAGAUCUAUACGGGCAAGUCAGGCGUGAGCUUGCCACCCAUUCAGGUACAGCCGCCUAGCAUGGGUUCCGUGUUAGACAUGCUCAACGUCAUCAAUGGCAUCCUUUUCGUGCAAAUUAGUCAACAAGACAUCGACAACUUUAAAGCGGAGAUCGAAAAACGGCAGAAGGAACAGUCGCAAUUGGAUAGUAGCGAGGUCAUCAAGAUCGAAAAGGACGUAAAGAAAGACGACAAGGAGAUCAAGAAGAUAUGUACGACGAUAGAGAAGAAAGUCGAGACGAUCGAAGAAGAAAAGACAGAGAUAAAUAAUCUGGAAACUAGCAAAGCCGGUAGCUUGGAACCAGUCGUAGCAGCGGAGAGCUGAACUCUUCGCUCGUUGACGACGAACGAUAGUGACGAACGAUAGUCUUUCCUUUCUCUUUUUCUGAGCCCUAGUCCCUCUCCUCGUGGAAACAAUUUCGCGCGAGGAUUGUUACGUGUACAGUAUAUAUAGGGUAUACAUAUGAUAUCUGCAUGUAUAUGUAUGUAUACAAUAUAUAUAUUUGAUACUUGCACUCUGUUUCAUUAUAUCGUAUAAAUAGUUGGAGACUCUCGAAAAGAGACGAGAUGCAAAACAAUGUUGUCGUCGAUGGUGUUUACGAAAAAAGAGAAAAGAAUACAUUACACAUUCGCGCGAAAGAUUGAAUUUUUACACGAAAAACGCACACUUAUUUGUUAUACCAAAUGUAUAUAACAAGAAGAUAAGAAAGUGCCAUGUCGCUUAAAAAGCAAUCUUUAAUGCGAGCGUCUUAGAUGUAAGAGGUAUUGUGCCGUCUUCGCAUCACAAAAUCAAAGAGCAAUGUGAUUUCUUCACACUUGUGCGCGAUCAUAUAUAUAUAUAUAUAUAUAUUUUUUUUUUCUUUCUUUUUUUAAGAGUUCAAGUUAUUCGUCCCAACACUAGCGGAUCCUGACGUCGAUUAUGGAGGGGAGGGGAUUUGCGAAAUUAUUUAAUUAAUAUUUUUUGUUUCAUGCUUAGCUUUUACUCAAGACUCAACAAUAAAUUGUUUUAAUUUGCAAGGGAGGUUUAACCCCCUCCUCCCCCAGGACCCGCUAGUGCGUCCCAAUGACGAAGGUGAUAUAACGCUUAUCAGUUGUUAUUUCGAUGAAACAAUUUGUUAAUGUUGGAAAAUCGAUCGAAUUUCUUGUAAAUUUUGAAAAUUGUCUUAUUUUUUUUCUAUUAUGUAUACCGUGUGUUUUAUUAAUCUUUUUUGUGUCAUCACGUCCUUUUUUGGCCUUCACUGUCAUCAUUGGUCUAGUCGCCAUCGAUAAAAAAAGAAAGAAAGCACCACGAUAUCCAAACUCAUGCAUAUAAUCAUCACCUUACAUCGGUCAUUACAGCAAUCGCGUGAAAGUGCUUCCUCUUUUCGAAUAUUAUUGAAUCAUAUUAGGUUUUUAUUUUUAAAGUAUACAACUAAAUUACAAUGUAUAUUCUUUACUCUCAGUUUCGACAGUGAUAAUAAGAAUAGCAUUAUUUACCUCCAAUGUUCGUCAUAAGGACACAAUAAUUGAUCGUUAAUCAAAUCACCGCGAUCGAUGUAGUAGUAGAUUUCAAGUUUCGCGAUUAGAGUCGUAAGUAAACGAGAAACACAAUUGUUACCGUGCUGUUAAUGUUAAUUUUUGUUUAUCUCGCUUGUUCUGCGGAUCUAUCCGCGGCCGGAGUCGAAAUUUCUUGUCGCGGUUUGGUCGACGAUAUAGCGAUUGAUAAUUUAAUAUACAAUAGUGAUAGUAGAAAAAAACGCGUUUUUAAUUAUCGAAAUAGCGCCAAUUAUUCUGUUUCAGUUUUUGUAGAUUUUAAGCGAAACAUUUUAGGCCUUAGAUGAGAGAGCAUCAACAUUUUUUUCGCAGUUAGUGAAAGAGAUCGAUCAAUCGUCGAUGAAGCGUCGAUUGCUAUUGCCUCGAACAGAUUCAUUUUCGCAUUGCAAUAAUAAUCAUAAUGAUAAAUUAGUAUACUGCACUUGUUAGAGAAAUUGUACUAUAAAAAAAAAAAAGUAUAAUAAUCAUAAGGUUUAUUAUAUUAUACACAAAAAAAGUUACAAACUUGAUUUACAUAUAUCAUCCUGUUACAGCAGACUUUAACAUGUUGCAUGAAAUAAAUCGUUUUAUAAGUAUAA